AUGUCCGAUUUUCCGCAGUUUGGGGCGCAGAAGAGAGGUGACGGAGUGAGAGGUUUCUCCGCCUGGACGCCUGAGAGACGGAGCGCGCGCUCUCCUCCCUUCUUCGCUGUAGCUCAUUCAUCUGCGGCCGCGGCACGCCGUUGCCAUGGAGACCUGAUGCAGGCGGUGGGGAGGGAGGCCCCGGGUGACGUCUGCGAUGCUCGCAGCUCAUCUCUCGCGGCCUCCCAGUUCUUGCCUAUUUUGGAAGAGAGCCGCAGCCCUUCUGCUGAUGCGCGCGCGCUGGCGCCUUUUAAAGGCAACCGGCGGAGCGGCGGCUCAGCCAGAGCCCGAGAGCUGCCCCCGCCCCCGAGCCACAAGCCCCGGGGCCUGGGCCCGGGAAGCCUCCGGGGCCGUGCCCCACACCCUCCCCAAUCUUAG